AUGAAUGAAUUUUGUUACUGUAAAUAUGCAAUUGGUUAUGAUGACCGGAUUGACGGUUUUAAGGUUGUGAGGUUGGUGUGGUUUGAUGGUGAUUUUAGUAAAUAUCAGGUAUAUACACUUAAAUCUAAUUCAUGGAGAAGGCUUGAGGAUAUACCUUAUUCUGACCUUCGUGCAGGGAAACCCGAAAUGCAAGUAAGUGUAAAUGGAGCUACACACUGGCUAACAUCGUGUGCCUACGAGCCCGGGAAAGUCAUAUUGUCGUUUGAUUUCAAGGAUGAGAGAUUCAAUAUGAUGCCCGUACCCAGGUUUUGCAACGUAUACCCUGAAACAAAUUUGUGUUCGCUGGGAGGCUCCCUUUGCUUACAUGGUUCUAUUGGCGGUCGGAUUGAUGUAUGGGAGAUGAAGGAGUAUGGAGUGACUGAAUCGUCGGCUAAACUCUUCACCUUUAACCAGGAUCCUACGCAGUUGGAUCCACUUCUGUUUGUCAAGAAUGGCGAGGUUUUAUUAGGAUAUCACACUGAUGUUGGUAAUCAUCUGGAUCUAUAUGACAUAAUGUGUGGAACAUCCCUAUAUCUUAACUCUCUUUCUAAGCCGCAUUCCUGGCGUGCCAUUACCUGUUGGGGAUUUGGCUCGACCCAAAUCCAUGAGAUUAGUCUUACAUGGGAUAUGCGGAGUUCUAGGUGGAGACUAAUAAGGUGUGGAAUCUAUCUACAUAGUACCGAUGCCUUUUCGAUUAAAACCCCACAUCUGUUUGGCAAAAGGUGGUGA